AAAGUAAGUUACUGCUAGGGAGAGCGUGUGUUUUGUGUUGAAAAGUUGUAGCGAGUUUGAUAAUCCAUGCAAUUUUGGUUGAGGUUCAUUCAUAACUAUGGGGAGUAACAAAGGAGAACGCUGUUUAGUUUUAAAGCCAGGUGAAAAGAGGAUAAAAGGAUGGUGAAGUUCUACAACCUGAAGACUUUGCCGAAGUUGUUGGAAAUCGUGACAAAUCAGUUCAAAGUUGCCCAGAAGUAACGGAGCAACUUAGAACCUAAAGAAUAGGCCUUUACAGGGUUACUUAACUUACUGAAUGCGUGUCAAAGAAGUCAAGAUGCCGCUUGUAACCAUUAAAAACAAGCCUGGGAGUACGUCCAAAAACUACCCAGUCCGCGUGACCACCAUGGAUGCGGAAUUGGAGUUCGAUAUUGAUAACAAGACAACAGGUAAGGAAUUGUUCGAGCAGGUGUGUCGUACAAUAGGCCUGAGAGAGACGUGGUACUUUGGCCUCCAGUAUGUCGACUCCAAGGGUUAUAUCGCAUGGCUCAAAUUUGAUAAAAGGGUGUUGGACCAGGACGUGCCAAGGGAGAACCCAAUACCAUUCAUGUUCCUGGCCAAGUUUUACCCGGAGGACGUGUCCCAGGAGCUUGUUCAGGACAUUACCCAGCACCUGUUCUUCCUACAGGUCAAACAGUCCAUCCUGAACAUGGACAUCUACUGCCCACCUGAAGCCUCUGUAUUACUCGCCUCUUAUGCUGUACAGGCCAAGUAUGGAGAUUACGAUCAGUUGACCUAUCAGGCUGGAAUGUUAGCAAAUGAGGAACUCCUCCCCCAGCGGGUGAUUGACCAGUACCAGAUGACCCCCAAGAUGUGGGAAGAUCGCAUCCAGGUGUGGUGGGCGGACCACAGGAGCAUGACGAGAGAUGAAGCAGAAAUGGAAUAUUUAAAAAUGGCCCAAGACUUGGAGAUGUAUGGCAUAAAUUAUUUCCAGAUAAAGAAUAAGCGUCACACAGAUUUGUGGCUGGGCGUGGAUGCCUUGGGGCUUAAUAUAUAUGAGGCUGAUAAUAGGCUAACACCCAAAGUCACAUUCCCGUGGAGUGAAAUUAAGAACAUAUCUUUUAAGGACAAAAAGUUCUCAAUAAAACCGGUGGAUAAGAAGGCCCCAGAUUUUGUCUUCUUUGCUCCCAAACUUAGGAUUAACAAAUUGAUAUUAGAGUUAUGUGUCGGGAAUCACGAGUUAUUUAUGAGACGGCGGAAACCGGACACGAUGGAGAUUCAGCAGAUGAAGGCUCAGGCGAGAGACGACAAGGCGCGACGACAGUUGGACCGGUCAAGGCUGGCCAAGGAGAAGCAGAUGAGGGAAGAGGCGCUGAGAGAGAAGGAGGAUAUGGAGAGGCGCAUGAUGGCGCUGCAGGAUGAAGUCAGGAGUGCUAAUGAGGCGCUGGCGCGGUCAGAGGAAAGUGCAGAGCUGUUGGCAGAGAAAGCGAGGAUAGCUGAGGAAGAGGCAUUGUUAUUGCGACAGAAGGAUUCUGAAACUGAGGCAGAAAUCAAACGCAUGCGUCUCACUUCCAUGAAGACAGAAGAAGAGUAUAGGCAAAUGGAGUUCCGAGCAAGAGAAGCCGAAAUGAUCGCCAUGCAACUGCGACAAGAAGCCGAGAGGAGGUUAAAGGACGAGGAACAGUUGAAGGAGGACUUGAUUCGUGCGAAGCUGGCUGAGAAGGAGGCUAAGGACAAGCUGUUGGCAGCGACAAUGGCCCAGCGUUUGCCCGCGUACGCCGUGGACGGAGGAGUGUAUGGAGACGGUCCGCUACCGCCACUCGGUUUUCAGUCAGAUCUCCCACAGAACGGCUCCUCGACAGGCUAUGCCUUCUCUGGCCUGACCUCUGACUUCAGCGACCUCAAGCUUGACCCCAACCUUGACCCCAACCUGCCUCAGAAUGACACCGAGGUCAGUUGUGAGCUGAUGACUGGCCCAGACAUGAAUCAGCUGUCCUUGGAGAUAGAGAAGGAGAGGGUGGACUAUAUGGAGAAGAGUAAACAUCUGCAGGAGCAGCUGAAGGAGCUGAAGACAGAGAUAGAGGUGCUGAAAGUGGAGGAGAAACAGACAGACAUGGACAGGCUUCAUGAUGAGAACGUGGAGAAAGGAGAAUCUAAGUACUCCACACUGAGACGGAUUCGCCUAGGAACCACAAGAUCGAGGGUGUCGUUCUUUGAGGAGCUCUGAUUAGGAAUUCGUUUCUACCCAGUUUUUUUUAGUCAUCUUCUGUAACAUACUCAUGUUUUUGAAAGCUUUAAAACAUAGCCAUUGGGUGACAUAUAUUUCCAUAUAUUCUUGUAAACUAUAUGUUUUUAUGUGGAUUUUCACCAGGGCUUCCGCAUGUGUGAUUGAAUAAGUUUUGAGUUCAAGCUCUUUUAUCGCUAAAGGUAAAAAAGUUCUGCUGUAUCAUGUGACCUGUCAGAAAUGUUAGGCAACUAUUAUUGAUCACAUUUACUAUAGCAUGGGCAUCGGAAAAAAAAGUUUCACAAAAAGUUAUUUAGGGUAGACGAAUGAUAGAGAAAACUGAGGGGGUGAACAUUUGUGAACUUGAAAGGUUUCUUAAGGAAUAGAGGUCAUUUGGGCAUCUGGAACAUGGUGAGAUAAGUGAUCGGUAAAUUAUGUCAACAAAGCUUGCCUAACAUUUUUCACAAGUAACAUAAUACAGUAGAACUGUUUUUACCUUAAAUGACAAAAGAGCUCGAACUUGAAACUCCCAUAUUAUGUUAAAUCAUCACCUGUUGAUUCUAUUCUAAAUGCAAUGUCAUCUACGCCCAUCCUUCUCCAAUCAAAAGGGUGUCAUUUAGAAACAAUGAUCUGAUUUUUGACACAUACUUUCAUCUUCUCGCCAAAGGAAUAUUUGGGCAUGUGUGGUUUAAUAAUUUUCUAGAUGGUAUAAAACAAGAUGCUUGGCUGGAGGCUGUAUAUUUUGAAUGGCCUGUAUUGCGUAAAUGUAAUGUAUAUUUAUAUUAAUUUCAAAUUCCCUGAUUCUUCAGACAGGCACUAUUAAAUUACACAUAAAUGUAACUUGUGAGACUGUCUUAACUGGGUAAAGAGCAUUAAAACAUGUGGCAGUUUAGUGCAACAUGUUCCAGUUUAUUGUUGUAAUAUACAACAGUGUUGUACAUUAUGGCUCCUGUUUCUUAUCUUAAUGUUCACGCAUGAUUAGUUGUGUACAGUAUGUAUAUAUACCAAUGUACAUGGGUUUGUAAAUGGUGGUUGGAAGAGGAAUGUAAGGGAGGUAAUCAUGUACAGCAAGUAUUACAGGCUUUACUGUGAAUAAGAGUUCCAUGUUCAUCACACUACCCCCAAGCCCCCCCCCCGUACAAUAUUCCUUGUAAAUGUGUUCAUUAUUUAGGGUGUACAAUGUAUCAUGAAGCAGCAUCAGGGUGUACAAUGUAUCAUGAAGCAGCAUCAGGGUGUACAAUGUAUCCUGAAGCAGCAUCCGGGUGUACAGUGUAUCAUGAAGCAGUAUCAGAGUGUACAAUGUAUCAUGAAGCAGCAUCCGGGUGUACAAUGUAUCAUGAAGCAGCAUCAGGGUGUACAAUGUAUCAUGAAGCAGCAUCAGGGUGUACAAUGUAUCCUGAAGCAGCAUCCGGGUGUACAAUGUAUCAUGAAGCAGCAUCAGAGUGUACAAUGUAUCAUGAAGCAGCAUCACAGCAUGCAUUCACGUACACAUAUAUCUAUACAUGCCUGAGAAUAUUAUGCUUGACAUGGCCAAGCUGGCACCAAAAAAAACAAAAAUGAAAUAUAAGACUAAAAUUCAAAGAAAAGGAAAAUUCACCUUUUCACUUUGGCCUAUCUUGAUAUUUUCCCCCAUUUUCCAAGGCUUUCCUAUCAUGUAAAUGUGCCUUCAACAGUACAGACUUGCAGGGACAGUUCACAUUUCCCACAAAUUACAUAAUUUUUAAAUUUUAUUUUUAUUUUUAUACCCUCCUUCGACAUUUGAAAAAAGGUUUAUUGUGCUCAUAUACAACAAUUUAAAUUGGUCUGGCCUUACGCAUGAAAAAAUGUAAUAAACAUUUUUACAUGCAACAUUAUUACCAUCAUUAAUUGUGUGUUAGACUGAAUGGAUGGGGAAAGUGUUGUGCUGGAAAACUGGUGUGAGGAAGAUGUUCUACGGGGGAAAUAUUCACGGGAAACAUGUGGGCAAGUUAUAUGGCUGUAGACUUCAUGGUGAACGUAUACAGACAGUUCUGUUAUAUGGCUGUGCUUAACAAUGAGCCUGUAGACUUUAUGGUGAACGUAUACAGAGACAGUUCUGUUAUAUGGCUGUACUUAACAAUGAGCCUGUAGACUUCAUG